GGUGGUGUCAUUCCUUUUUGCUGGAUGAAAGCGAGACACAGACCAUCUGAAGAAUGAUUAUGGAUGCUGAAGACAAGCAGAGAGGCUUCUGUGCAUUAUUCAUGGCUUUUAUGGCUAUGGGGGGAUUAAGAAUAUACACGCGAGAUGAACGUCGCUGACGAGGAUGAUAUGGAAACAUGAUACUUUGCUCUCGAACGAUUGCGCAAUUUGUGUACAGCGAUUUGAUUCAGUGAUAUCAUGUCUCCCCUCUCAUGCUCUCCAGGCUCGAUAUACACCGUGUAGACUAGCUGUGGAUAUGCAGAGUGAUUUUUGGAAGAGUGUUGAUAUCGGGAGAGAGUAUAACAUCUCACUACUCUCAGUGAACCCAUUGCAAGUCCCAGAAAAAAUCACCUUCGUCUUUCCACACAGCCUCUUCCAAUUCCUUGAGUAAUCUAUCAUGCUGGAGAUGGGGGGUUCAGAGCAUUUUGGAUCCUCUGGCGCCUAUAGAGCAGAUGUCUAUCUCCCACAUUUCG